AGUCACCAUGAGGGCGCUGGUUCUGCUCUGCUGCUUUGUGGCGUCGCUCCUGCUCCCAGGACAAGCAGAAGAGGCCGAGGAUGUGAGUGAAGAAGCCCCACUGAGGGAUCGCUCCCACAUCGAGAAAACGCUGAUGCUGGUCGAGGACAAGCCAGCGGACGAUUACUCUGCGGUGCUGCAGCGGCUUCGAAAGAUCUACCAUUCGUCCAUCAAGCCCCUGGAGCAGUCGUACAAAUACAAUGAGCUUCGGCAGCACGAGAUCACAGAUGGGGAAAUCACUUCCAAACCAAUGGUGCUGUUCCUGGGACCGUGGAGCGUUGGCAAAUCCACCAUGAUAAACUACCUCCUCGGGUUGGAAGACACUCGCUACCAGCUUUAUACAGGUGCUGAGCCUACCACCUCUGAGUUCACGGUCAUCAUGCAUGGGCCCAAGCUGAAAACCAUCGAGGGUAUUGUCAUGGCAGCUGACAGUACCCGGUCCUUCUCACCCCUCGAGAAGUUUGGCCAGAAUUUCCUGGAAAAGCUGAUUGGCAUUGAGGUUCCCCACAAACUUCUAGAGCGGGUCACUUUCGUGGAUACACCAGGCAUCAUUGAGAACCGCAAACAGCAAGAAAGAGGUUACCCCUUCAACGAUGUGUGCCAGUGGUUCAUUGACAGAGCUGACCUCAUCUUUGUCGUCUUUGACCCAACCAAGCUGGAUGUGGGUCUGGAACUGGAGACGCUGUUCCGCCAGCUGAAGGGGCGUGAAUCCCAGAUAAGGAUCAUCCUGAACAAGGCCGACAACCUGGCCACUCAGAUGCUCAUGCGGGUCUACGGGGCUCUCUUCUGGAGCUUGGCCCCGCUCAUCAACGUCACGGAGCCCCCUAGGGUCUACGUCAGCUCCUUUUGGCCACAAGACUACAAGCCCGAUACUCACCGGGACCUGUUUCUCAAGGAAGAGAUCUCCCUCCUGGAAGACCUGAACCAGGUGAUCGAGAACAGAUUGGAGAACAAGAUUGCCUUCAUCCGCCAGCAUGCCAUCCGGGUUCGCAUCCACGCCCUUUUGGUCGACCGAUACCUGCAGACGUACAAGGACAAAAUGACCUUCUUCAGUGACGGAGAGCUGGUCUUUAAGGACAUUGUGGAAGAUCCUGAUAAAUUCUAUAUCUUCAAGACCAUCCUGGCAAAGACCAACGUCAGCAAAUUUGACCUUCCCAACCGAGAGGCCUACAAGGACUUCUUUGGGAUCAACCCCAUUUCUAGUUUCAAGCUCCUGUCCCAGCAGUGCUCCUACAUGGGGGGCUGCUUUCUGGAGAAGAUUGAGCGGGCCAUCACCCAUGAGCUCCCCGGCCUCCUGGGAAGCCUGGGGCUGGGGAAGAAUCCAGGUGCUCUCAACUGUGACAAAACAGGGUGUGGCGAAACCCCAAAGAAUCGCUAUAAGAAACACUAGGUUGUUGUGUGGCCAUUCUCGGGUUCCUGUUGGUGAAUGAGCUUGUGUUCUAACUGUCUGAGAAGUCCUGGUUUAUUAGCCCUUUGAGCCACACUGGCAAAGAAUCAUCACACAUUGGAGAUUUGGGAGUUCAUUGAGGCCAGUGGUGGGGGAAGGUGUGGGUCGAGGGAGGAGAGUGGAAACUGUGAAUUAUAGUUUGCUUGUCUCAUUGCUUCAAUUAGGAGGCCUGAUUGAGGCAAGUCAGGCCAUACCUGCUUUUCCUGGGUCCUAUCUUGGAGGGACAGAGAGCAGCUAAAUUCUAGGGUAUACUGAAUUGAUGAGCAUUAAAUAAGCUAAAAGCAGCUGAAGUUCCUUUCCCCCCUGUAAGCUGGGAAAAGAGAAGACUUGAGUCAGUAGGACUGUCCUGGUCCUUUGUGGCUGCCUUCCACACAGUCUUCUGUUUCCGGCCCCCCCCCCCCCCCCCCCCCGCAGUGCUCAGCUGUCUCUUAAACUUUGGUUGACUUCACUAGGGGAUACUUUCUUGGGCCUGAAUUAACCUGGGUUUUGAGCCCACCCCCAGGCUCUCUUCCCUGUUUCCUCCAGGGUUGGGAGGGAUGGUUUAGGAUACCCGAACACUAAGAGAGAACAAGAGUUCCCAGGCUAAGAGAAGCAUCUGCCUCCCCCAUGCCAUUUCUCUGACGUGGUGUUCUAAGCCAGCUGGGAAGCUGAGUCCCUGUAUUGGCCCCAAGAGAAGGGCCAGUGUUCUAUGCAUUCAGGUAAUUCACUGGAAGUGACUUCAGUGAAAGCACAGCUCAGAGGGUUAAUUGGUUUGCAGUGUGUCUUUGUUUAUUGCAUGUCUUGGAAAACUUGGACCCCAAAGUCUUUGGGUUUCAGAGGGGACAAUGGAGACCCAGCUCCUUUUCGUUGGGGACUUCUCUGGGCAGCCCGCCUCUUCCAAAUGUAAGAGGAGGCUGUUUCCACAACUGCUCUGUGGAGACGCUCUGCAGAAGGGUCGUUCCUUCCUGAUUUUCAUCGCCAUGGCUUUCCCUUUCCCUUCUUCUCAUUCCCUGAUGUGCUAACACUCAAAACUCACAGGAGUCAGAACCAGCACCAGUCAUCAAUGUCAGUGGCAACUAAGGCUCUACCUUCAGUUUUCCACCUGAACUUGAUGCUGAUUCCCACUGGACGUACCGCAGGAAAGCCUGGGCCUUCAGAUACCAAUAAGUGUGGAUAUGUGUGUAUUAUGUUGUCCAAGAGAGAUUAGGGAGAUAACAGAUGCCAGAGGGCAUAGCGAAAGAACUUGUGAGAGUUCUGCCUGGCUGGUGUGCCACCCAGAAGGGCAGCGAGGGACUGAGGAUGGGGGGAAGGACCCUGGAGGGAAGGAGCCAUUUGACAAAAGGCGGGUAAGGGAACAGUCUGUGCAAAUCCUGGAGACUGGGCCCAGGGCUGCCUGAGGGGCUCCUGCCGAGUGAGCCAGCCUCUCUUGGGAGCUUUGCCAGGAGGCAUGGGUCAGGACCUGCCAGCACCAGGAAGUCAUCCUGGAGCAGAAGGAAAGUGAAGAUGAAGGCAGAGGGAGCAGAGCGGCACUGAGGAUAGGCAGUGGAAGUCAAUUGGCAAUCACAUUAGGUCCAUGCGGAGAACUGCAACUUCGGAAUUCCUGUUCCUCAGAAUUAGUAGCACUCUGGUGCGGCUGCAACAGAGGCUGCUUCCUUUGGCUUUGUGGAGGACCUGGAACCUCCCUCAAGAAAGCCAGAGGCCCCACAGCCUUCGGGACAUUGUUUCUAAGGACAGAGCCAACCAGAGAAGAAAAAGGAUCGCCUAGGGGUGUCCAAGGAGCCUGGUGACAGGGCCUGAUGAGCUGCUUUUCUUCUCACCAAGAACCAACCCUUGCCUCAUCUCUCUGUCAUUUACCCUCUGGAGAGUCUGCCCUCCCACCUUGCUCCUUGAUGCCCCUAAUGCACUGGCGCUCCUCGUGGCAUAUCUGUGUUUCUCAGUGCAGUAGGGGAAAUAAAAUAUGCAGAAUUAUA